AAGUAACAACAAUAACAAUGACUCUUCUACUCAAAACUUUAUUUCAAGUUCUCCAAGUUCCAUUUCUGCUCUGUUGAAUCAUCCUACUACUACUACAAAUCUUCCUCCAAUUUCUUCAAUUCCUUCAAUUAUUAACGAUGAUAAUAUUAACAAUAUCGGAUACAAUAGCCUUCAUCAUCAUAAUCUCAAUCAUCAUCAGAAUGUUGUUAAGAAUAAUAAUAAUAAUAAUUCAAAUGAUCCAAACACCACUCAACAAAUUUUACAAGUUCGUCAAGAAUUGCAACGCGAAGUUGCUCAUCUUAAUAUGUUACUUAACAAAUCAACUGCAAUUUUAAUCAACUUGGAUCAAGCGAUAAGCAAUAAUAAUAAUAAUGUUGUUGGAAAUGGUGGUUCUCUUCCUAUUUUGAACUAUGCUCAUACAAAAAAUA